GCCCCGGACAGUGAAGUCACUGAACAGCCAGCUAAAUAUACAAAGGCACAACACAGCUGCCAUGGAUAUUGAUAACAAGAAAUCAUUUAUUAAGAACUUCAGCCUUAAUGAGUGUAAACCUCGUGGCAACCAGGGCUAUAAGAGAGUGCUCCUGCAGCUGUUCGGUUAUUUAGGUCACGGCAAAUCGUCUUUUAUUAACACCUGUAAGUACGUCCUGGGGGAAGGAAAAUAUAAAAUGUAUUCUGAUGUUGGUAGUUCAGAUGGAGGUAAGACCACAAAGAGAAUAUCGUACCCACUCACAAGCAACAUCACUCUGGUCGAUAACCGCGGAUGCGCAAUGAUGAGCGAUCAAGAGACGGGGGAAAUCUAUGCUCAGCUUGGUAAUCUGCUGCCUCUGGACCAGGAAGUGCAGUGGCAAAGGGGGUAUAUGGGUAUAAUGACGCGACUGGUGGAAGCCGACAAGAAUGCCAAUUACUCAGAUUUUAUAGUUCCCAUUUUUGUAUACAGUGUUAAGAAAGGGAUUUCAGAUGAAGAAAUGCCAGAAAUAAAGAGAUUGCUUGAUAAUGCCAGGGAUCUAACAGGACUUGUUCCUAUUGUGGUUCUCACUUUUAAAAAUCAUGGAAAUGUGAAGGAGGUUGAAGACAAGUUUAACAACAUAGGAAUUGAUAACAUAUUCAAACUUGAAAACUUUACUCCAUCUGACAAUGGAAAAACUCCAGACAGAAUCAGUGAAGUCCUAACGUUCCUCUCUGAGGUUCUGAAGGAUGUGACAUAUCACAUGCGAAGUGAGAGGAAUUGCAAAUUGGAGAGAGCUAAACGUAAGAAAUUUGUGUUGGGUUUUGCUCAUGAUACAGAAGUGAAUGAAGAAAAGCGACAGAAGGAGAUGGAAUUGGAAAGAGAGCGGGAAGGAGCCAGACAGCUUAAGAGACGACGGGAAGAAGAAGAGAGAAGAAGACAAGAAGAUGAGAAAAGAAGACGAAAGGAAGAGGAAAGAAAUACAUGUUUAUUUCAGUAAAGAUUUUGUGAUGAUGAAAUGAAGUUAUUGAUGAACAAGUCUGUCCUCUCUCAUUCCCUAAACCCCUUUGUUACUGCCACCAUACCCUGUACUUCUGCCAUUGUCAGGUGCUUAGAAGGUUGAGGAGCACAUGUCUGACUGACAGCAGCGUGACUGUGCUAUUUCUGCAUUGCCCUCAUUUAUUAGAGUUAUUCUAUCAUAUCACUUGUCUCUCUUCUCUUUUGUUAUAAGAACUGUAUAUUGUUAUUGUCUUUCAUUAAAUGUAAAUACAAAUAAAAACCAAUAAAUGUAAUUAACAGAAUCAAUAUCUCA